AUGGCAUCCCUUUCACUGCCGCCGUCCCAGGGUAUCCCGCAUUUCGAUCAUCCUCAACCCAACACCCCAGGCAAUCGUCGCAGCAUGGGCACCCCGUUGCCUAAUCCCCCAUUUGUAUUUCCAGCACGGGAUCCCGACGCCCCCGAGACCCAAUCGGAGAACCCUGAGCACCGGGAACGGCCCGCGUUACCGGCAUUUUCUUUUAAUCCUGGCUCUGAGCAGUCGUCGCAUCUUUCAGCACCGUCUAUUUCGAAUCGAGCCGUUGGACAUCGUCGACGUCCCAGUGAGUUUGUUGGUGGCGACCAUCUGGUGACUCCAGAAACGGUCGGAGGGGAUAAACGGGAAGAGCCUUCCAUGGCAGCGCAACCGGGUCUGCCGCCUCCAGGGCCAGGUGUUGGUAGAGUUCCAGGACGUCGGAACCAUGCCCAUCGUCGUUCAGCUGCAAUUUCUAAUGUCGACUUGAAUGCAAUCACCAAAGCACUCGGUCCCAAUCCUGGGGCUGGAAGUGCGCCUUGCACGCCUGCUGACCCUCAACACAAGAGCACAAUCGACUCUCCUGCGCGACCAGUUUCUCAAUCAGCCGUGAGUCUCGGCCGUCCUACGCCCCCUGCGUCUCCUCAAUUCCCGCCUUCUCCUUCGAUCCCUCCCGUUCCUCCGAUCCCGGCUGCUCUCCAAGCGGAAAUCGCCUCAAACAACCAAGCCCCUGAGGUUGGACGCCCUGUAUCUGUAAUCUCACAUGAAACUUCCGACAGCACGGCCACAAUCAAAUUCCAGCAGCUUGACAAGCCUGCUUUCACAGACCGGGUAACACCGCGACCUAACCGCAAGCCAAAGCCGAGGCCGAAAACUGCCGACGCGUCUUUGGCUAUUGAUUUCAUGCAAAUGGAUGAUCCAGCGGGAGUCUCUUCGAUCAAACGUUCGCAUUCCGCAGCAGGACAUUCGCGCGCUCGAAAGAGCAAGUCCACCCCGCAUCUCGAUUCCACCCUCUCACCCGAUGAUGCCCACUCAACAGACCAUUCUCGACCUUCCAUCUCCGAUGAUGGUUCCGAAACAUCCGACGACGAAGUGACGGAGAACACGACUUCCGACAAGUCACAGGCCAAGUCGAAGAAAAAGAAGCAGAAGCGUGUUCGCUCUUGGGCUGGUUCCAUUCUAACUCGCACCAAGAGCAAGGGUAAGCGCCAUGCGAAGCACGACAAGCACGAAGAAAAGCAAGAGGCAGGGGACAAAACAUUUGAGCCUCGCGUCCUCGCACCUCGCCCUCCUGCUCUCACUCGGACCAAUUCAGAGGCUGGAUCCGCUCUCGAUGUCGAUUUUGACAAUGACGACGUUGUUGUCAUCCGGACUCCCACCAACCCAACCAUGCCUCCUUCUGCUCUCGAACCUGUUCAAAAUGAUCAUCCUUCUGUUCCCCCUGUAUCCACCCUCGAAACCUCCUGGAAACCGAGGAGUUUCUAUGAGCAGGAGACCGGUCCGCAUGACAAUAUCCUGAGUAGCCCAAUCAUCGACCUCGAUGCUGCACUUGGACCGUUCAACACACCCGACAUGCGCCCAGGUGGUCAGGGUGCGAAUAACAACAACUUCUCGGUCGCAACACAGCGUAUGUACAGCGGUGGACGACGUGGUGAAUUUGUUGGCCCGGAGAUGCGUUAUCACCGUCGCGCGGAAAGUGCUCCAGUGAUGCCUCCAUUUGACCGCAGCGCUCUGGGAGCAUUCCGUCUUUGUCCUAAUUCCACAGUUGAGGCCCCGGAUGUUUUUGACGAGGAGGAAGAGGACGCUUUCCUGGCUGCAUCGCAGUCUCCCAAAAAUGAGCGCGCACCAGCUAUCUCUUCACCCGUCAAGAAAGCAACUACCCCAACACCCGAGGAUGAUACGAAGUCGGUCCACAGCAAUGAUACCUCCGACACCGAGGACACCACACGUGCCCCUGCUGAUAGCAACCCGCCCGAAAAUGCUGGUCUUGGAAUUCGGCCUAACAAUCAAUUUACAAACAAUCAAGAACCAGAGCAGACACCCGCGGUUGAUGAAGCUCAGAUUGCUAGCAAUCCCUUCAGCUCCAAGCCUCGAAGCCCUGUGGAGAUCUUGAGAGCGGAAGAGCCUGCAUCCAGAGGCAUGGGACCACCCAGUCCUGACGUCUCUCCUCGCUUCUUGGCUGUCGACAAGCGACCAUCCACGUCUCCUGUCGAGUUGAUGCCCAACAUUCCACCAUUCUCGCUACAGCCGGGAGUUUCGCCAUCUGAGUCGUCUUUCCCAUCCCCGGAUGCUCCCCGAUCAAUUGCGGCUUCCUCGAUGACUGACCGGCAGUUCUCUCACUCUUACCAUCACCUUCCCUCGGAUUAUCCUUAUGCAUCAGUUGAAGAUGUUCCAUCUUUGACUAGCAGUGCAUCCACCAUGACCAACACACUGAACCGCUUCUCGGCAGCUUCCUUCUUCCCGCGUGCACGUCUUUCUACCGACCGAGCAGCAUCCUUCUCCGGUGCUGGGACCCGCCGUACCAGCCAGGCUAACGCCUCCAAGCGCACUAGCUUAGCUAGUCUAUCCAAGCUGGUCGGUGGACCCAAUUCCGAGCGGAGCAAGCUGAACCAGGAGGAGAAACCCCCUGGAGAUGCUUCUGAGAAGUCCAAGAAGAAGGGCCGACGCCUCAGCCGACUGAUGCACUUCUGGAAGGUGAAAGACAAGGAGAAGUCUUCCAGUGAAGCGGCGCCAGCAAACGAGCGACCCCAGUCGUAA